AGGUUGUUUGCGUUUCUCAUGGAGUAAUGAUGGCACCUUAUCCAGAAGAGGUGGAUGUAUUUACUGGCCCACACUGGCGAAUGAAACAGUUGGUGGGUCUUUACUGCGAGAAGCUGUCGCAGACCAACUUCUCCAACAACAAUGACUUCCGCUCAUUCCUCCAGUCGCUCUGUGCCACCUUCAAGGAGUUCAAGAUGCAUGAGCAGAUCGAGAAUGAGUACAUCAUCGGGUUGCUUCAGCAACGCAGCUGCACUGUGUACAACGUACACUCUGACAACAAGCUCUCGGAAAUGUUGUCCCUAUUUGAGAAGGGGCUCCGCAGUGUAAAGAGUGAACACGAGCAGCUGAACUAUGCCCGGCAGCUGAAGGAGAGGCUGGAGGCCUUUACACAAGACUUCCUGCCUCACAUGAAGGAGGAGGAGGAGGUGUUCCAGCCCAUGCUGAUGCAGUACUUCUCCUACGAGGAGCUGAAGGACAUCAAGAAGCAGGUGAUCGCCCAGCACUGUAGCCCACAGCGCUGCGACUCUGCGGCCGAGGUGCUGAAAGGCCUCAGCUUGUGGAGCCAGGCGGAGGAGCUGCACAAGGCCUUCAAAUACUCCGACCACGAGAAGACGGACGACGAGCUGGAACACGGAGCGUCGUUCACUCACGUGUCGGCGUUGCCCUCCGAGGUGCUGCUGGCGCUGUUCCGCUACCUGGGGCCUGACGACCUGUGCCGCUGCAGCCUGGUGUGCAGGACGUGGUGGGAGCUGACCAGGACGGGCUUCCUGUGGAGACACCUGUACCCUGUACGCUGGACCAGAGGAGACUGCUACCGGGGCCCCCCGGCAGGGUUGGACAUAGAGCCGGACGAGGAGUGGGUGAAGAGCCUGCAGGACGAGGGACGAGCCUAUCAGGAGCGCGACGAGGACGCAGACGUGGACGAGUCAGAUGAGUCCUACGAGGACUCCCUGGCGAUCCGAGCGGCCCAGCGGGAGAAGCAGCUGCUGAACGGGAUGAUCCAGAACAUUCUCCCGGCCGUGGGGCCCUCUGUCAGGACUGUCGUCCUGGCCUACAGCUCCACCGUCUCCAGCAAGAUGGUGCGUCAGAUCCUCAGUCUCUGUCCAAACCUCACCCACCUGGACCUCACCCAGACGGACGUCUCGGACUCAGCCUUCGACAGCUGGUCUUCCCUGGGGGCGUGUCGGUCUCUGGAGCACCUCGACCUAUCAGGCUGUGAGAAGAUCACUGACCACGCCCUGAAGAGGCUGUCGGUGGGACUGGGGGACCUGUCUCUUCCUUCGCCCUUCAAGAACCACUCCGACCGGCGCGCUAAGCUCCUCAAGGCCCCCCCCAGCCCCCUCCGCCUGCUUGAUGGGCGGGGCCAGGAUCAAGCUGGGCAAGGCUUGUGUCCGGAUGGGCAUGGCCUAAGUCCGGCUGGGCGGGGCCGAGCGGCGCUGAUCUUCAAGGGGCGUAGGGGCGCCCCCUCCCCCCCCACCCGGGUCUGGCUCCUGGACGCAGCGGAAAUGGCCGAUAUCGAGGACGCCGCAGAGUGGAGCCGGCGAGGGAUGUCUGUCUCCGAGGGGCGGGGCUUCGGAGAGACGCCAAUGGGGGGAGGGGCCUGCUGCUGCAAAAGCAGCAAGAGGCGGAGCCUCAGGACUGGUUAUGGCGCCCCCCUGUGGCCUGGUCAGCGCAGUCAGCUGUCCAGCUGCGGUCACUCAACAUGCUGCUCUGACACGGCCCUCAGGACUGGUGCCGGGCCGCAGUGUCAGCCUCCUGCCAUGGGGGGCAGCGGCGAGCUUCGGACUAAACGCUCCACCGAGGAGCCGCAGGGCCCAGAGCCUGCUCCCAGGACUAACCAAUCAGGAGGGAGACGUUCUCUAAGGUUCCUAAGCCUGUCGGGUUGCUAUCAGGUCACAGACCAGGGCCUCAGGGCUCUGUCCCAGCGCGGUGGCCUGCCUCUCCUGGAGCACCUGAACCUGUCAGGCUGUCUCCUGGUCACCGAGAGCGGCCUGCAGGACCUCGUGUCUGCCUGCCCCGCCCUCAACGACGAACACUUCUACUACUGCGACAACAUCCAAGGUCCCCAUGCGGACACGGCCAGCGGAUGCCAGAACCUGCAGUGUGGAUUCAGGGCGUGCUGUCGCUCUGGAGAGUAACCUCCCCUCAACCCCUUCCCCCCUUCCCCUCACCUCCCUCCCUCACCCCCUCUCUUCCAUUACCCUUAACCUCCAUG